ACGUGGAACGGCGUUUGGCAUUUCUACGUGCGUGUAUUCUGCGGGCCCAGUCUCGGCGUGAAGUGUUUAAAGCCUUGCUUGCUUGUUGUUGUUGCUUCGUUUUGUUUUUACCGUUCCGGGCGGCUGGGGUGCUAAACGAGGCAUGAACAAAAACACCCGACGUGAACAAAUUAAGCUGUUUGCAGCGGCAUGAAAGCGCCCCCUCGCGGUUUUAAACGAACGCUCCAUGUGAAUGUUUCGCGACCGGUGAAGAAAGCUGUCUUCAUAAACGAUAUGUGGCCUUCUAGGAAAAUCCGGCCCCAAGCGACGAUCGGUUUAGAGAAAAUUUCUAUCAGUGAUAUACCGGAAACGAUACGACAGCAGUGAGAGAUUUCAGUAUUUUUGUUUUAUAUUUAGAGUGUAUAAAAUGAUGCCACUGGCGCCUACUUCAGUCAUGGCGAUUCCUACGCAGAAACCCCGAAUCGGGUUUAGUAUUGAGUCUAUUGUGGGUGGAAAUCGAAUCAGCAAAUCGCCUCCGCCGCCGCAUUUCUCCCCAAAUAGUGAGAGUUCUGAGAGGCCCAGUAGUCCGUUCAGUGAUAAUAGUUACCCUAGUGAUUUCCAUCCGGGACAUCUUCGGUUCCCGCAAACCGCUGCGGACCUGCAAAAUGCUCUCCGGUUACCCAGAGGAAGUUGUUCUCCCAGUGACUAUAGUUCGCGAAUACAACAGUUAAACCACAGUUCCUCACCUCCGGUCGACCUGAACCUCAUUAAUCGGCAUCCAAAUUCCCCGGUAGAAUGCCAGGAUCUAUCCCAAACGCGAAGCCCGCCCCCUCCACAAACGCGGCUAAGUCCCGAAGAUCGUACAUCCCCAACUUCAUCCCCACAGCCGCUAACCACAGCCACCAAACCAAUUGUAGUUCCGGGCAUUCCUGCUGGAUUGGUGCGUCCGUUUCCUGUACCUCCCCCCAACCACAUGAACGACCUCAAAACUCCCCUACCGCAUCCACCGUUCCUUAACGCGCAGGAGAUGACCAACCUGCACAAUCAGCAUCUCCUGGCGGCUCAGUUCCAGGCGGCCGCAGCACUGGCUCACGCCCAAGGAUUCCCACCGGCGCAUCCACAUAUGCAUCAUCCGAUGCACCAUCCCGGGUCGAACAUUCCUCGUGACAGCUACCCGCUGUAUCCGUGGCUGUUGAGCCGUCACGGCCGUAAUGUGUUCCCGCCACGGUUUCCUGGAAGUUACCUCCUGCCGUUUCGGAAGCCAAAACGGGUGAGAACGGCAUUCUCACCUACGCAACUGCUCAAGCUUGAGCAUGCCUUCGAAAAUAACCACUACGUGGUAGGAGCGGAACGCAAAACAUUGGCCCAAGCUCUUGGCCUCACUGAAACACAGGUCAAGGUGUGGUUCCAAAACCGUCGAACGAAGCACAAACGGAUGCAGCAGGAAGAGGAUGUCAAAUCGGGUGACGGUAACGGCAGUGCUGGCAAUUGUAAUCGGUCGUCGAGUCCCGGUGCCGCCUACGACGAUGACGAGGAUGACGAGGAGCUAAUCGAUAUGGAAAUGGACGAUUGUCCCAGUGACGAGGAACAGGAGCUUAUGCAGCAGCAACAGCAACAGCAACAUCACCACCAUCAGCAGCAACAACAUCAUCAGUUUUCACUGCAUUCUCAUCUGGCGCAGCAGCACCGGACAUGAGAUUCGGUUCGAGAACGGUUGCUUCGGAUGAUCGUUCUUGAGUAACGGGGGUUAGAGAUUCAGGUACAUGUCACACAGAUCAAUAGUUCCUAACAUAAGGCUUGGGAAGGAAGGGCAUUGAAGAACUUACUGGUGCCAAACCGUGUGAACGACAGUUGCAAUGUUUUAUGAGGCAUGAAUUCGGGGUCACAAUCGUUUUAACUGUGAAAAUUCGGAUUUGGGCUCAGGCUGAGUUGACGUCAUUAAAAUUUGUGUAUUGAGUCCGAACUAUUGGAAGUUUUUCAGGGUAGCAGAUACGGGCCUCGCAAAACACUUGUUAAUUGGGAAGAAGUGACUGGGAAAACGGAGUGCCAAACUAUGCGGUUGAUCAAACAGUGCACUGCACUGAAAUUAGACUUCAAACUAAACCAGAAAGAAACCGUAGAUUAUUUAUUAUUUAUUUGUCAACCAGAGUCGCAUUCGUUAACGCAACACAAGGACAUUGAAUAGGCAAGGAAAAUAGUUUCUGUAAAUAGUUCACUGUACAUACCAGUUAGUAGCCGGUGUGCGAAUAAUUAAGCUAUCCUUAAAAGAUCAUGUCGAAUACAAUAACCAGGAAUCAAUUAAAUAAAUUGAAUAGCAAGUGAAUAAUUGGUCGAUAAUUGGUUUUGCGUAGUAAAUGGAGGUUGAUUUAUGCUACUGAAUGUCAGUACGAAGGCAGACUGUCAAUUAUAGUAGCAAACUGUUUCCAGUGAGAUAUUUUGAAACGGCGCUGAUGUCUUUAGGAGACGGUUUAGUCAUGGGGAGUUUUUGGUUAGUAUCGUAAAAUUUAAUGAAAUUAAACUCAUAAAU